AUGUUUGAUGGAUGCAUGAUUGUUGCUAGCGACAGUGAGGAUCGGCAGUUUGCAGCCUCCAAGUCACUCCUGGUCCUACAGAAACGUCAACGAAAGAUACGAAAGGAUGAUGCGGCAGUCGCUUCCUUCUUUACGAACCAUGUUGACGAUCCAUUUGCCUUGCGGGUAUUAGAACUGCUGCUGGAUCAUUCGCUGAACGAUGAUGAUUGUUGUCAUGAUGAUUCUUCUUCUUCUCCUACUACUACUAGUACGAGUACUACUGCUUCUUCUUCCGAUUGCAUCAUCGUCAAGACCAGCAAUCAUGUCAGAACAACACAGAGGUUACAAUUACUGAAACAAGAGAGAGUUGAAGAAAAUUUUCAUCGUAGGAACAAACAAGGUGGAUUGCAUCUACAAGCAAUCCAGGAAGAUGAGGAGGAUGCUGAAGAUGACCACCAUGCUCCUUAUCAGGAAGUAGAUGGUAUUGAUGAGGAUUCGGAACCUACUAUGGCGAAUCAUCCCCUUGAUAUCACAGAAAUAACAGACAGUGAAAGGGAGGAAUCAGUAUUUCGUUUACAAGAGAAGAAUGUGCCGGAUGACAACCAUUUUAAAUCGAAAAGAAGAAGAAAAAGCAAGUUUGUCGAGAUCACCAUCGAGUCGAUUACUCGGAAUGUGAAACAGUUGCUUCCGUCGGGCAAAGAAAACAUAAUGAUUGAAGAUACAGCAACCACCUUAAAUCGACAAAUUAGAGUGACAGGCUAA